AGGCGCAGUUUGGUUGCAUUUGGUUACGAACAUGACAAUAAUCGAUGAAUGUUUUCAUCUGAUGUUGAUGCGCCACAAUACAUAGCAUCUUUAUAAAUUGGAUUACCUAAUAAUCAAAUGCAAAUUAUUACUUAAGUAAUGGGAAACGCAAAUACUAACAAUUCAAAACAACGCAUCGAACGGCCAUACUCGAUCGAUGUUUAUAAUGGCGGUGGUGGUGGUUUAGAUGGCCGUCGGGAAUCACCAAGACCUGGCGAGGAUGGUAAAACAUUCGAUUUCAGCACAAAACGACGGCCAGUACUUUGUUAUCAGAAUUCAUGUGAUUAUAGUGGCGAAGAUAAUGGUGAUGAUUAUAAAAAUUAUCUGGACACAUCCAGUCAAGGUAUCAAUGCAUUGAAUGAUCAAAUGCUACCAACCGUAUUCAAAUGGGAUGGUGGUGGUAAGGAUGUUUACAUUACGGGCACGUUUUCCGAUUGGAAACCAGUACGAAUGGUUCAAAGUCAAGGUGAUUUUGUUACCAUUAUCGAUAUACCUGAGGGAGUUCAUAAAUAUAAAUUCCUAGUGGAUGGUAUUGAAAAAAUUGAUAAAAGCGCUAAAUUGGAUGAUCACCAGUCCAACAAUGUAUUGAAUGUUGAUAAAUCGGAUUUCGAAGUAUUUGAAGCAUUGGCCAUGGAUUUGGCAUCCAACAAUAACAAUUCGAAUGCAACCAAUGCUAAUUCUACAAGUAAUGCAUUAUCGGGAUCACCACCCGGUUCAUAUUCACAAACUAUACCAACUUUUUCACACGAUUCCACUACUAGUGGUUCCGGUGGUAAUCAAAGUGGUCCACCAAUAUUGCCACCACAUCUUUUACAGGUUAUCCUGAAUAAUCCUUCGGUAAAUUUUGGUGAACCAACUCUAUUGCCUCAACCUAAUCAUGUUAUGUUGAAUCAUUUGUAUGCCUUAUCUAUCAAGGAUGGAGUAAUGGUUUUAAGUGCUAUACAUCGGUAUCGUAAAAAAUACGUUACAACCAUGCUAUACAAGCCAAUCUAAAUGGAUCUGAAUGGAUGUUAAUAGUCUUCGGUUAUCUUGUUUGUUUUGCGUGAUUUGAUC